UCAUUUAAAGAUUAUAGAAAGGGUGAAAUCUACAGCGACUUGUUACGUCUACCUACAGAAGAUGCCGUUUUGGUUAUCUGUAGAGAACAGAUGAAUUUCUCGACUCCAGAAUUAUCAUCCGAACACUUCACAACUCCGUCUCCCUUGUACAAGUCAUUCUCCAUACCAAAGAAAAAUGAAAUCGAUGUUGUUGGACUGGCUGUAGGCGUUUUCUUCUGCGUCAUGGGGGUGACGUUAGUGAUAUAUUGCAUCACAAAGGCAUCUGGCUGUUACAGCAGCAGGGGAAAGCCAAGGACACAGAUAAAAAUAACUUACUUCGACGACGACGCCCUCACUGGUGCCAGCUUACCAAUACAAAUGGAGGAAGAAACCAAUAUUGAGGACACUGGCAAGCAUGCUUUCGACAUGUUAAAAUUACCCUGUGAACAUUCGAACGGUUUACCGCUUCUUACGUACACAGACAACACUGACAAAGCAGGCAAUGAAUGUUUUAUAAUUCACGGGAAACCAUUCGAAAGUGACGCGAUACUGGGUUUGAAGAAAAUGGGAAUAUUAUAAUAAUGCUUUACUUGUACGUUACAUGCAUAUGCGUAUUUGGUACUAUACAUUCAAGUCUGUAAAGUACAUUUUGGGGGAUUAUACAACGCUUUAUCUAUCAUGCUUUGAAUUAUAAAUUUGUUGACAAAUAUACAUAUCUGGUGCAAUGCAUUAAAUUCGAAUUUGUAGAAAAA